AUGGUUUUGAGUUGUGCGUGGGGAACAUGCAAUGCAGAUGAGAGAUAUCCCGAACGACUAAAUGGAGGACGAUUUAUUUUGUUCCCCAAGCCAAAGACGGAGCUAGAAAAAUGCAAGCGAUGGAUAAAAAACUGCGGAAGACCGCUCAAACAGCUAACCCUGGAACACGUAAACAAACAUAAGACAGUGUGCUCGUCAGUAAGUAAGCUCUUUUGCUUGUUUCUUGAUACAGCAUUCUCUAGAAUAGAAAUUAAUUACCUGGAAUCUAUGCCUUAUCUUUAACAGCACUUUGUAGGUGGAAACGGACCAACUGAAAAAUGGCCAGAUCCGGUUCCAGCCGACGGCAGCCCACCCAUUCCAGCACGAAAACUGCCAGCAAAAAGAAGACAUGCAUCCCUUCUCAGUGACUGUCCUCCGCCAAACCAGUUUCAGGUAAAUACUACCUGCCCUACGAGUGUGGAGGAGGGACAAGGGGAGGCUUCUGUUUCACUAUUAAUGUAAGUUUAAGUGUUUUGUGGCAUGCUAACCGAUCCACGAUCGAUCUUGGUCAAUUUGAAGCCAUAAGCAUAUAAGUAGGAUAUUAUAUUUUUAGGGAACAAUUGCCUACCUCUUAUAAAAUCCGCAUAGGUAACAAUAAUUUACAACAAAUUUUAUUGAUUACAUUAGUUAAGUUGAGGAACUUAAACACUGUUUUAAAGGGAUUCAAGUAUCCUUGAUUUGCCAGCAGAGGCCACAAACACGAACUUAGAGGAAACGAGCACGCAGACUGAAGAAAGAUGUAAGUCAAAAAUUAGUGUUUACACAGCUGGUUGUGCAUUUUCUUUGUCAAGGAAUGGCUUUGCGCUAUUUUUGAAAAACAUUGACAGAUUUUUAAGCAUUGAUUUCAUGAAAUCAAUAUCAGGAUAUAUCCUUUCCACACACAUAUCUUUCUUUGUGUACACAACAAAAUCACAGAAAUCGCAUCCAGUUAUCAUGAGUUGCCCCUGCACUUGAGCAUAAUACUCAUGAUUUCUCUUUAGAGAAAUUUCAUUAGUUUCCUCAAUUAUUUCAAGACAAAAAUCAUGUUUACUGCAUGCUUCUCUUAUUGUACAAUUUCUAGCACAGUAGGGGCAUUUAAUUUCUGCAAUGCCCCUUUUGCCACUCUCAUCGCAUAGCUUUGCAUCUGGUGUUGCCCCAAGAAAUAUAAACUCUUUAUUAAUGACCAGGCCACAUUCAUGAAAAUGCCUUAAGGGAUAUUUCUUUAAGUACUUAGAUUUUGCUUUGCUUUCAUUUCUUCUCCCAUAGUCAACUGAUGGGGCUGAAAAUGACUUUGGGCAAAAUAUGCUCCUCAGGAAUUUUUCGCUAGGAGCAGAUUUUCUCCUAAGCACUCUCCCAAAAUUUGAGGCUGUUAGCCUGCACUUCCUAGCGUUGAACCACUCGGCUGAACUCGAUUGUGCCCUUGUAUUUUCUUCAAUGGCAGCUGGGUGAAUAUCCUUAUAACCAUUGUUUAGAUCUUCAAACUCUGUUGGCAACUUUAUUGGAGGAGAGUUGUGUACUGAGGGGUUUGAACAGCCUUUGGAAGUUGAUUUUUCCAUAGUUAAAGUAUUUCUUGUCUACAAUAGAAGAAUAGAAAAAAGUAAAUGAAUAAAACAGAAUAAGUAAAACUAAAAAAUCUUUCAAGCUCAACAUUUUAUCUCUGAUAAUUUUUUUAGAUUGGACUAACUUUUUUUCCUCUUACAGGGUCCUCUCCACUCAAUUUUCUGGCACUCACAGUUGAAAUCACAAGCCUGAAGACUGAACUAGAAACCUCACAACAAACAGUGAACACACUUCUUCUUGAAAAUGAAAAAUUAAAGUCAGAGUUGUUAGAAAAAAACUCAGUUUUAAGUUUUGGAGUAGGAAAGGUACUGCAGCUUCAAAAGAAAACAAAAGGGCAUUUUGUAUUUUAUACUGCCAUCACCUAUGUCAGAUUUUGUUCACUUCUUUCAUUUCUCAUUUCAUCCAAGUCUGUGCAAUAUGAAAAAGGACAUGCAGAUUUAAGGCAGCUUUCUGAUAAGGAUGGUCUUUUCCUCACAUUGUGUCGAUUCAGACAUAAUUUUAAGCUCAAAGACCUUGCUGUGCGGUUUUGUAUGUCUGUGCAAUCUGUCAGUUGUGUUGUGAAUGCUUGGACUGAGAGAAUGUACUACAAGUUUGGGCAGCUUAACAUAUGGCCCCAUAGAGAUAUAAUAAUCAACCAAAUGCCAACGAAAUAUAAGGCAGAUUUUCCAACAUCACUAGUAAUUAUUGAUGGUACUGAAUUGCGAACCCAGUCUCCGCGUGCUCUUGCUUUGCAAAGUCAGUUGUACAGUGACUAUAAGUCAAGCACAACUUUGAAAUGCCUCAUUGGCUGUGAUCCACGGAGAUCUCUGCUCUUUGUGCCUGAACUCUUUACAGGCUGCAUCUCAGACAAACAAUUAACAGAACAGUCCGGGUUUUAUGACCUUUUAAGAACCCUGAAGUCUAUUGGCUACAUCCAAGAUAAGGAUGCUAUUAUGGCUGACAAAGGAUUUACAAUCCAAACAGAAAUUGAGAAUUUAGGGCUCUCAUUAAACCUGCCACCUUUUGCCAGUGCUGGUAAGCAAAUGUCGGUUGCUGACAGCAAGAUGACCAGCAAAAUUGCCAAACACAGAGUGCACAUUGAGAGACUUAUCAAAAAGGUGAAGACAUAUUGUAUU